AUUUUCUUGUAAUUCUAAAAGAAACCAACAUAAACAGGAAAAAAGAACUAAUAUGACUCCGUCCGCGGUCAACGUUUGCGCUUUGCUAUUUUAUAUUCUUGGCAGUUUCUCUGGUGGCUCAACGGAUUUAAGUGCGCGCUGUCAAGUUUUAGAUGGUAUUAAAUUGAAAAAUAUAUGCACCGGCUCUUAUCCGCGUGAAGUUAGGCAAAGGUAUGCAGAUAAGCACGUAAAAACUGGUCUUAGUUAUACGGUUUUCACAUUGGAUGACCGUGAAGGUUAUUACUUGAUUUCGCACGGUUAUAGUGAUUUAACUAAAUGUGACGAGAUAACGCUAACUUCAGCACGUGAUUUUCAAUGCAAUGGCCAAGAUAUUCGUUUAAGAUCAGCGAGACUUCAUUGUCUUUUAUUCCCUGUUCAUCUAACCGAUGAUUUGAUUUCGCAUUGUUUGAAAGGUGUAAAACAGCCAAAGGCAGAAUUUACCGCAAUGCUUUAUGUAGAAGGUAGCACUCUCUAUGAGGAGAGCGACACUGUAGCAGGCGGCUCCCGGCUAAUGCACAUUGGUUUAUUCAUAUUUCUACCUUUUAGUUUAAUGCAAUUAAUGUAAAAGAAAAAUUUGUACGUUAUUAUCAUGCCACUUGUACUUAGCUAAAAAUAUUAAAAGAGAGAUCCACAAAUACAUUAAGCUGCGGAUUAUUAAAAAAAAAAGUUAAAAGUUCUAGUAAAGUAAACAAAAUUGUUAUUUAUCUUACUCAAUG